AUGCAGAAGAAUACCAGCAAAUCGCAACUUUCACCCUUUUCCGCCCUCAAGGCCAGCCCAAUGAGGAACCUCAGACCCCCUUCUACUACUAAAAAGGAGGCAACUCCAGCAAAUGAUCAAGAGAAGAAGAUUUCCCCACGUGUAACAAGAUCAAAGAUGGGCAUUAUCAAGCCCACCAAAAUGUAUGACAGUGAAUUUGAGCGAUCGUGGGAUAACGAGAGGAGGAAAGCGGCUUCUACGACAAAAGAGAAACCAGCGUUUAAGGAGUUCACAAACAAAAAGUAUAACCGUAGAACGAGCAAAAUAGUGAGGGGCCCAACAAGAGUACCCGUACUACCAGGCAGAGAUUACAAUUCACAGCCGAAUGAAAGACCCACAACUUCAAGGGCUUCAGAUGCCACCGUAUCAAACAGAGAUUACAAUUCACAGCCGAAAGAACGACCCACCACAACUUCAAGGGCUUCAGAUGCGAUGAAAAACUUUCGAUUCAGUCUGGGUUCCUCCUCCUCCUCCCCGAAAAAAGAUCCAAAAUCUUCAGCUGCUUCGACAAAUGCACCAAACAAUUCGAGACAUUGGCUCAAACAGGAGAGUAUCUUCACCCAGGGUGGUGGGUCAACCAGCAUGUUUUCGAGGGGUGGAACAACAUACCAAAAAAGCAUUUUCCCCCAGACCAACAAAGCUGUACCACCAGUUUCAUUCAAUUGCGACAUCCCAGAAUUUGAUGCAACCAAACCUCCGCCACCGUUACCACCAUCAUCCUCCACCACGAUCAACAACAAUUCGUUACCUACCGUAAAUUUCACCUUCAAUCUUCCUCCGCCAAAGUGCCCUGAACCAGAAGAGCAAAGCUUUUUCCAAUCCACACAGCUGUCAGAAGCAGAUCCUGAACUUUCCGUGCCAUCUCCGGAUGAUCAUCAGGUGGACGUAAACAAAAUAGUGACUGAUUUCUUGGUAAAACACGGACACGGUGGUACCAAGAAACGUCGUGAGAGCUCCAACAAAUGUCCAGAUGACACACAAAUGGAUAUAGAUGAGGAGGAACCCAAGAUUACCAUCGAGUUGGCUCAGGCCAUUCUGCAGCAGUGCCUUGUAAAAAUUGAGCAAAUAUCUCAGUUACGACGACUCAUGGAGAAGAGUGUGGACCUCAUUCCGGACUAUGAGUGGCAGAUCAAGAGUCAACGUCUUGGAAUUUACCGUGCUGAUAUCCUGGAAACAUUGACUCCUCUACUCUCCAAUUCGGCAAUCGAAUCCCUCAAAGAAAAGCUCAAGAAGAAGCAGGCAAAGAGAGCUUGGGUGCACAAACGCAACAAUGAGUUGAGGAGUGAAAAACAGUUGAUGAAGGAACGCAGAUCUCGUAUGAAGUCAUUCAUUGAUGAGUGGCACCAAAAGUUAGAGAUGAUGGAAAAGGAAGGACGAGAUAGGGAGUUGGAGAAGAAGGCUGCUAAGGAGCUUCUUGAAGAUGUUACGAGGCGUAUCAAGGAGACGCAGAGGUACAUUGCAGUCUUUGGGCGCCUCAGAGAGCUUUCCCUGGCACGUUUGGUUGCGAAUGGAGAGAAUGAUGAGAAAAUGGGAGAGGAUUUCAGGAAGAGAAUUGGUGAACUUCAAGACCUCUGGGAAGAUCUUCUUCUAGAGUACCAGGAGGAGAAGAUUGCUCUCGACACCAUCUAUGAUAGACGCACUUCCGAUACACCGUUACCACCUCAGCCCAAGUCUCUCGAGUCCCAGUGGCUUGAAGUUAUUUUCGGGCGAGCAAGUAUUUAUGAUCAGAACAAUCCUUUCUUGAUUGCUGAACGCGACGUCAGUAAUUUCAUCGCCAUUCGCCGGGAGUGGGACUCGUACAUCAAUCCCAAUAGCAAGAAUUCCAAUCUACGCAUUCCCAACUUUUGGACUCUGCCCAGCCGCAAUGCUACGUCCAUGUGGAGACAGUACCGACGCAAAGGUAAUGUUGAAAAUGACAAAUCAGCGCGAAAUUAAAGUUAAUAACUGCUCUAAAUUAAUUUUAAGAACAACCUAAGAGUUUAAAAAAACAUUUUUUCCCAAUAUUUUUUUUCUUAAUACUUUAUAGUUUAUAUUUCUUGUGCCAGAAACAGAAAGUGAAUUCCUUUAAACUAAAAAAAAAUGAAGUUUAUUCCUACAGUUUCUUUAAUAUUUUUUGAGUUUAUUACUUUUUUUUUCGUUUAAUACCUAAUAUUUUGAAUUCUUAUACGAUCUCUUAAAUGUGAAAUACUUUAAUAAAAAAAAAGCUUAAUUUCUUA